GGCUUUCCUUUCUUUUUCUGAUUUCCCCCAACCCAGAUUCCUUAUACCUCCAACCCAGCCCACAGGCUGGCUUGCUAAAAGGACUCGUCCUUUCUUUCCCCUACAGGGGUGACCCGGAUAAGUGUGACAUCUGGGGAAACACACCCUUGCAUCUGGCAGCUUCUAAUGGCCACCUGCACUGCCUGUCCUUCCUCGUAUCCUUCGGGGCCAACAUCUGGUGCCUGGACAAUGACUACCACACGCCAUUGGACAUGGCCGCUAUGAAAGGCCACAUGGAGAGCGUGCGCUAUCUGGACUCGAUCGCAGCCAAGCAGAGCAGCCUCAACCCCAAGCUGGUGGGCAAGCUGAAGGACAAGGCCUUUCGCGAGGCGGAGCGGCGUAUCCGCGAGUGCGCCAAGAUGCAGCGCAAACACCAUGAGCGCAUGGAGCGGCGCUACCGGCGAGAGCUGGCCGAACGCUCCGACACGCUCAGCUUCUCCAGCCUCACGUCCAGCACCCUGAGCCGCCGGCUGCAGCACCUGACGCUGGGCAGCCAGCUGCCCUACUCGCAGGCCACGCUGCAUGGCACGGCCAAGGGCAAGGCCAAGAUCCAGAAGAAGCUGGAGAGGCGCAAGCAGGGGGGCGAGGGCACCUUCAAGGUCUCCGAGGACGGGCGCAAAAGCGUCCGAUCGCUCUCGGGCCUGCAGCUGGGCAGCGAUGUGAUGUUUGUGCGCCAGGGCACUUACGCCAACCCCAAAGAGUGGGGCCGUGCCCCACUCAGGGACAUGUUCCUCUCGGAUGAGGACAGCGUCUCCCGUGCCACACUGGCUGCCGAGCCUGCGCACUCGGAGGUCAGCACCGAUUCAGGCCACGAUUCCUUGUUUACUCGCCCCGGCUUGGGUACCAUGGUAUUUCGAAGGAACUAUUUGAGCAGCGGGCUGCACGGGCUGGGCCGCGAGGACGGUGGCUUGGAUGGGACAGGGACGCGGGGUCGGCUGCAGAGUUCCCCCAGCCUGGACGAUGACAGCCUGGGCAGUGCCAAUAGCUUGCAGGACCGCAGUUGCGGGGAGGAGUUGCCCUGGGAUGAGCUAGACUUGGGCUUGGAUGAGGACCUGGAGCCCGAGACUAGCCCCUUGGAGACCUUCCUGGCUUCCCUGUAUUUGGAGGACUUUGCCUCCCUCCUGCGGCAGGAGAAGAUUGACCUGGAGGCUCUGAUGCUGUGCUCUGACCUUGACCUCCGCAGCAUCAGCGUGCCCCUGGGGCCUCGGAAGAAGAUUCUGGGGGCCGUGAGGAGGCGCAGGCAGGCUCUGGAGCGUCCCCCGGCGCUGGAGGACACAGAAUUGUGA